UCGCCCUUAUCAUUGUCAGAAUUUGGCUGAACCACGCAGCUUCACUGGUACUCACUCACUUCCUCACAAACUCAGAUGCCAUGGCCGAGUUUUCCAUCAAUGACGAUUCCCAUUCCAGUUUUACAUAACCCUUCAUUCUCAAACCAUUUGGUAACAAACAGCUCCCAUCCUGAUUAUGCGGAAAUUGUUGUGGUGCGUCAUGGCGAAACAGCUUGGAAUGCUACUGCAAAAAUCCAGGGACACCUGGAUGUUGAAUUAAAUGAAAACGGAAGAGAGCAAGCAGCUGUGGUGGGUGAUAGACUAUCCAGGGAAGCUAAGGCCUCUGUUAUAUAUUCCUCUGACUUGCAAAGAGCUUUUGAAACAGCACAGAUAAUUGCAUCCAAGUGCGGAGGGCUAGAGGUUGUCAAGGAUUCUGACCUACGGGAAAGACACCUGGGGGAUCUUCAAGGCCAUGUUUAUCAAGAAAUAGCAAAAACGAGUCCCAUAGCUUACAAGGCUUUUAUUUCUAAGAAUGAAGAUCAAGAAAUACCAGGUGGUGGAGAAAGUCUUGUUCAACUUUUUGAUCGCAGCACAUCUGCGUUGCUUAGAAUUGGCUUAAAGCAUAAAGGGGAGCGAGUAGUCGUUGUCACUCAUGGAGGAUUCAUCAGAGCUCUUUACAAGAGGGCAUGUCCACACGGAGGGCCUGGGAAGGUACUCAAUACAAGUGUUAGUGUUUUUCACCUAUAUGGUGAGGACAAAUGGACCUUAAAAGUGUGGAGUGAUGUCAGUCAUCUGAGCAAAACUAGAUUUCUAGAGUCUGGUUUUGGGGGUGAUAAAAAUUCUGGUUAGACCAUUUUUUCCCAUUAAAGGCCAUGAUUGUUUCCCAUCUGGAGUUAAUAAAAGAUUAGAGUAGGAGCGGAAAUGGAUGUAUUAAAAAUAGUGGUGCACCCCUAUUUAUAUUCUGUAUCUUAUAGCUUGCAAAUGUUUGCUUACCAUGGACAUGCCUAAACUAAUUAAUUAUUGUGGUGGUGGUGCUUCAAUCUCUAUCACAGAAGGUUCUCUUGAAAUCA